UACAGGAGUGCAAUGCCAGUGUGCAGUCGAUGAAGAGGACGGAGGAACUCAUCCAUCUUAACAAGAAGAUUCAUUUUGAGAGUAAGAUCUUCCCGCUGAUCUCCCAGUCCCGCUGGCUGGUGAGGCACGGGGAGCUGGUGGAGCUGGCACCCCCCACCAUGCCUGCUGUCUCUGCUGCCAAGCCCAAGCUCUCCACCAAAGCCAUCUACUUGCACGUCUUUAAUGACUGCCUACUGCUCUCUCGAAAGAAGGAGAUGGGGAAGUUUGCCGUCUUCCUUUAUGCCAGGAUGCCUGAGAUCCAGGUGAAAGACCUGAGUUCAAAGCUCCAGGGAAUCCCAGGCCAGGUCUUUCUCCUCCAGCUCCUUCAUAGCCACCAGCCCAAGAACCAGCUGCUCCUGAGGGCUCAGACAGAAAGUGAGAAGCAGCGGUGGAUCUCGGCCAUGUGCCCUUCCAGUGCCCAAGAGGACAAGGAGGCCAUCAGCGAGAAUGAAGACCUCCCCCAGGUGCAGUGCAUCAGAGCCUAUAAGGCUCUGGAACCGGACGAGCUGACCCUUGAGAAGGCUGACAUCCUGGCUGUGAGGACCAGGACCGGCGAUGGAUGGCUGGAGGGAAUCCGCUUGGCAGACGGCGAGCGGGGCUGGGUGCCCCAGGCCUACGUGGAUGAGAUCACCAGCCGCAGUGCCCGUCUUCGAAACAUCUGGGAGACCAGAAGGAUCGAGAGUGCCACCAAUAAACUACAGGAGACAGCUGCAUGAUAGACCAGGGAGCGGCCUCUGACUCUGGCCUGAGGUGCCCCACAACCCUCCAUCUCGCCCCCACUGGUCUCUGUGCCCUCAACAGUGCCCUCUGCAGCCUCUACUGGAGUCUCUGAGACAGGGUACCCACCCUGGCACGGAGGAGCCCGCCCCGCUAGGCCAUAUGACGGGGCAGAUGACUUGUGGGUCAAUGUCCCCUAGCUUCGUAGGCCUUAACUUCCUCCAGGAUGCCUGGGGUGGAGGGAGCAAUGAUAACUCUGUCAGCCUCUCCUGGGGUCGGGGAGGGGAGGCUGGAGGCUGGAGCCUGGAGCCUGGAUGGUAGAUCCCUGGGGUUCCCCGGUCCUUAUUUUGCUCCCUUGGGGCAAACUACCCUAGUGACUGACUUGGGGAAAGAUGUGGCUGAAACCUGCUGGACUCCUCUUCCUGGACAACCCAGUAAGAGCUGGGCAUUCUGUAUCAUUAAAUGACCUGCCUUUGUUUA